CCUGAAUGCAGCAGCAGGCUGACUGGCUCAGCGAAGAUGGCGGACUGUUUACGUCUUCCUCUGCUUCUGAUGUGCAUCGUGUCUGCGCGUCUGAUUCGCGGAGACAGCAACGCUGCCAUGAAACAUGUUGGUCAUCUCGAUAAUCCCCAGAAUCCAGGCGGGGGUCCGGUUCCGGCCGGGUUAAACCAGGUACUAUCUGAGAGGAACCAGGGCGCUGGGGCCUCGCUGCCCUGGAAACGCUCCGCCGGUUGGAAGUUGUCUGAGGAGGCGGUGUGCAGAGACGACCUCACCCGGCUUUGCCCAAAACAUUCUUGGAACAACAACCUCGCGGUGCUGGAGUGUCUCCAGGACAAGAAAGAGCUUUCCAGGGACUGUAAGGUAGAGGUCCAGAGGAUUCUCCACCAGAGGGCGCUGGAUGUGAAGCUGGACCCUGAGCUCCAGAAGCGCUGUAUGAUGGACCUGGGGAAGUGGUGCAGCGAGACGUUGGAGCCUGGCCAGGAGCUGGAGUGUCUGCAGGACCAUCUGGAGGAUCUGGUGUCUGAGUGCAGAGAAGUGGUGGCAAACCUGACUGAGCUGGAGUCAGAGGAUAUUCAGAUUGAGGCCCUUCUGAUGAGAGCCUGUGAACCUGUCAUCCAGACCUACUGUCACGAGGUAGCAGAUAAUCAAAUCAACACUGGGGACCUGAUGGAGUGUUUGGUUCAGAACAAGCACCAGAAGGAGAUGAACGAGAAGUGUGCAGUGGGUGUGACACACUUCCAGCUGGUCCAGAUCAAAGACUUCCGUUUCUCCUACAAGUUCAAGACGGCCUGCAAGGAAGACGUCCUCAAACUGUGUCCUAACAUUAAGAAGAAGGUGGAUGUGAUGAUCUGCCUCCGCACCACGGUGAGGAACGACACCCUGCAGGACAUCAGUGAACAGAGGGUGUCCGUCAAGUGUCGUAAGCAGCUGCGGGUGGAGGAGGUGGAAAUGUCGGAGGACAUCCGUCUGGAUCCAGAGCUGUAUGACUCCUGCAAGCAGGACAUGGCCAAGCUGUGUCCCAACGUGGCUUAUGGCAACGCACAGGUUAUUGAGUGUCUGAAGGAGAAGAAACACUCUUUGACACCAUGGUGCCACCAGCGGAUCUUCAAGCUGCAGGAAGUGGAGAUGGCUGAUCCAGACCUGGACUACCAGCUGAUCAGAGUCUGCAAACACAUGAUCAAGCGUUUCUGUACAGACUCGGAGGGGAAAAACGUCCUUCAGUGUCUGAAACAGAACAAAAACAGCGAGCUGAUGGAUCCUAAGUGUAAACAGAUGAUCACAAAGAGACAGAUCACCCAGAACACAGACUACAGGCUGAACCCGGUUCUGAGGAAAGCCUGCAAAGCAGACAUCCCUAAGUUCUGCAACUCCAUCCUGGCAAGGGUGACUGGUGACAGUGAGCUGGAGGGUCAGGUCAUCUCCUGCCUCAAGCUGAAAUACGCCGACCAGCGUUUGUCUCCAGACUGUGAAGACCAGAUUCGAGUCAUCCUGCAGGAGUCUGCUCUGGACUACAGGCUGGACCCUCAGCUGCAGUUACACUGUACAGAUGAGAUCACUCAGCUGUGUCCGGAGGAGGCUGCAGCUCAGGAGCAGACGGGGCAGGUGCAGGAGUGUCUGAAAGUCAACCUGCUGAAGAUCAAACAGGAACCGUGUAAGAAGGAGGUGUUGAACAUUCUGAAGGAGAGUAAGGCGGACAUCUUCGUGGACCCCGUCCUUCACACCGCCUGUGCUCUGGACAUCAAACAUCACUGUGCUGCCAUCCCACCUGGCAGAGGGCGCCAGAGUUCGUGCCUGAUGGAAGCACUGCAGGACAAACGAGUCCGUCUGCAGCCAGAGUGCAAGAAGAGACUUCAGGAUCGCAUCGACAUGUGGAGCUACGCUGCCAAGGUGGAUACUCUGCAUGAACCACAGCCUUUUUAUUCAAUUCUAGAACCUAUAAUUUGGAAGCUUAACUUUUUAACUUCACGCCUAUUUUCGUGGCGGGUAUAGCCACCUAUUCACAUUAUAUCUCUGCAACCAUAAGGGCUAUUUGGAUACAUUUGGUGUCAACAAUAUGUAGGGGACACUUGUGAGAUGUGAUUUGAGGUGUAAAAAUCAGUGUAUGUGUCUGUGAUGGAAAUUUCCCAUAAGCAAGCACAUGAAAGUUGUCUUUUGUGUAAUUUAUUAUCCAAAUAAAAAUAAUGGGGAAAGCAAAUCAAAAA